AUGGGGGUGCUUAAAGUACAUUAUCAUCUCUGGUUCAACAAACUCCAAGGGAAGGAACAACAAAAACAGAGAGAAAAACCAAAAAGAAUAGAAGAUACUUGGGAGCCAUUUGGAUUGAAAACUGAAGAAAUGUAA